AUGGGUCGUGGAAACAGCUGUGGAGGAGGUCAAAGCUCACUCAAUUAUCUCUUUGGUGGUGGUGACGCUCCUGCUCCUAAGCCUGCUCCAGCUCCUCGAGCUUCACCUGCUGAGCCAAACAACGGGACUGCUGCAUCUGCACCUGCACCAGCACAAGCACCAGCAGCUGUGACUGCAACCGCACUCACAACAGCUACUACUACUGUUGAGCCAGCAGAGCUCAACAAACAGAUUCCUGCUGGUAUCAAAACUCCGGUCAACAACUACGCCCGAGCUGAAGGACAAAACACUGGAAACUUCCUCACUGACCGUCCUUCGACCAAAGUUCAUGCAGCUCCUGGAGGUGGAUCGUCCUUGGGUUAUCUCUUCACUGGUAGCAAGUAA